AUGGGUUCGCUGUCGAAGAUCCUCCCGCAAUUGGCUUCCUCCAAGCUCUUCGUCACCGAAGGCGGAAUCGAAACAACUCUCAUUUACAAAAAGAGUAUUGAUCUCCCUGAAUUCUCCACUCUUCCUCUUCUAGAUACGGAAGAGGGCAGAAAAACUAUCCUGUCCAUCUACCAGGGCUAUAUAAAUAUUGCACUGGCCCAUUCAACUGGCAUCGUCCUCGAAACUCGAACUUGGCGCGGCUCUCCGGCAUGGUCUUCCACGAUUGGCCUCUCCGCCCAACAGGUCAUUGAUCUGAACCGCACAGCAGUCAAGAUCCUCCGUGACCUGAGACACAAGAACGAGAAUCCAUCUACCCCUAUCGUCAUCAGUGGGGCUAUGGGACCUCUUCAAGAUGCCUACAAGGAUUCAGUGGACACGCCUUCAUUCUCUCAGGCACGGGAGUAUUAUGGUGCCCAGAUUCGAACCUUCGAUGAAGAAGGUGUAGACAUGUUGUGUAUCAUGACUAUAACGAAUCUAGAUGAGGCCACCGCUGCAGUGAGCGUGGCGCGGGAGUAUAAUCUCCCCAUUCAUGUCUCGUUUAGUAUCGAGACAGACGGACGGCUACGAGGAGGAAGAACCCUCGAAGACGCGAUUCGAGUAGUCGAUCACCUGACGGAUAAAUACACAACAUAUUUCGGGGUUAACUGUGCACAUCCGCGUCAUAUUAGGAUAGCAUUACAGGGUGUCCCUGAAGAUGUGAUGUCGAGGAUCGGCUCAAUUCGAGGGAAUUCAAGUCUCAAGUGCCAUGAUGAGCUUGACAACUCGGUGGUGCUAGAUCGGGGUGAUAUUUCCGUGUGGGUUGAAGAUUUCAAUGGGCUUUUGAAUAUUUUACCUAGACUGAAAGUAGUAGGGGGCUGCUGUGGCACGGAUGAAGAGCAUAUCGAUGCUAUUGCGAAGAGGAUUCAUUCUUUUAUGGCUUGA